AUGGGUUUAUCAAUAGUACUUGUGUCCCUUCUACUAGCAAAUUGGGUGAUUGCAAGUGAAGGCAGUGACAUUAGCUUUGAUCAAAACUAUAAAGUCACAUGGGGUUUUGAUCAUGUCUUGUCUCUAAAUCAAGGAAGAGAAAUUCAGCUCUCAAUGGAUAUUUCUUCGGGGGCUGGCUUCGCAUCCAAGCUAAGCUAUGGUUCUGGAUUCUUUAAUAUGAGUAUGAAGCUACCAGACAAGGAUUCGGCUGGAGUUGUUUCUACUUUCUAUCUAACUUCUCAUAGCAAUAAUCAUGAUGAGCUGGAUUUCGAGUUCAUGGGCAAUAGAGAAGGGAAGCCAUACACAUUACAAACAAAUGUGUUUGCAAAUGGUCAAGGAAAUAGAGAGGAAAGAAUGCUUCUUUGGUUUGAUCCCACAGCAAAUUUUCAUACUUAUGGGAUUCUUUGGAACCAACAUCAAAUUGUAUUUUAUGUGGACAAUAUUCCCAUUAGAGUAUUCAAGAACAAGAGGAACGUUGGAGUUGAGUACCCAUCACUACAACCAAUGCAAAUAGAAGGCAGCUUGUGGGAUGGAGAUAGCUGGGCAACCGAUGGAGGCCAAACAAAAACUAACUGGACUUAUGCACCAUUUCAAGCACAUUUUCAAGGAUUUGAGAUCGGUGGCUGCGCAGCACUUGACAACUCAAGCAUUCAACAGUGUUAUUCUCCCAACUAUUGGUGGAAUACGGAAAAGUACUGGAAACUGGAUCCCGGACAACAAAGUGAGUACGAGAAUGUGAGGAACAAGUACAUUAACUAUGAUUAUUGUUCUGAUAGGCACAGAUACCCGAUCCCUCCCCCAGAGUGCCUUGAUGAUCAAUGA